AGUUCAUUCACUAGUAUUAAGACGAGUGAUGAACAUCCGUGGCGCAGUGACGCACCAAGUUCAGCACCAAAACAAGCUCUGAGCCGCGCACACACAGCGGAGUGACCAUUGUGGAGUACAACAGCGUGCAAGGAGAGGACGCCUGCUGACAGACAGACAGAAGCACGGCUGUGGAUAUUAGUCUUCCCUCACCUUUGGAUAACUUGGAGAUUGGAAGCGCUUUCUCUGGACGCUUUUGACGCACAGCAACAAGGAGCUACGGGAGAACUCCCCGGGAGUGAAUAAGGAUUUAUAUUUGCUUUAGAGAUUUUCUUUGUACAUUUGUUUACCUCGGUGUAAAUACUUUGGAAUAGGGAGGUUUUGCUGCUUUAUUGGUUGGUGACGCGGCUGCCCUGGAGAAGCGAGAAGGAUGGCAGCCUGGUUCACCUUUACCAUCGCAUUCAGCACCACGUUGAUAACACAGGUAUUUGGAUCCGGUGUUUUUGAGCUUGAUCUUCACGAAUUUAAAAAUCACAAAGGUUUGCUGGCAAACGGGAACGCAUGCAAACCCAACUGCAGGACUUAUUUUACAAUUUGCUUGAAGAACUACCAGGCUGUGGUCUCGCCAGGUGACUGCAUCUUUGGAAGUACAAUGACACCAGUGCUGGGGACAAACUCUUUCAGCGCCAAGGACAGUGGCACUUUACCUAGACCGAUUCAAAUACCGUUCAACUUUGGAUGGCCGGGGUCAUUUUCAUUAAUAAUCGAAGCCUGGCAUUCACCUUAUGGAAAUCUACCUGUAGAUACCAACAACCCAGACCUUUUGAUUAGCUUUUUUGCCAUCCAAAGACAAAUGGGUGUAGGGACUGAUUGGUCCCAGGAUACGCAGAUGGCAAAGCAGACAGAGCUCAGGUAUUCGUACCGGUUCAUCUGCAACGAAAGUUACUACGGCGAAAGUUGUUCCAAAAAAUGCACGCCGAGGGACGACCGAUUUGGCCACUACACCUGCACCCGAGAUGGACAGUUAUCCUGUCUGCCUGGAUGGAAGGGGAAAUACUGUGAAGAACCUAUCUGUCUGGAGGGCUGCAGCGAGAGGAAUGGAAACUGCUCCAGACCUGGCGAGUGUGUAUGCAGAGAUGGCUGGCAAGGCACAUUCUGUGACGAGUGUAAGAAGUACCCAGCCUGUAAGCACGGCACCUGCCAGCUGCCAUGGCAGUGCAACUGUCAGGAAGGCUGGGGAGGCCUAUUAUGUGACCAAGACUUAAACUUCUGCACCCAUCACCAUCCUUGCGUGAAUGGCGCCACCUGUAUGAACACAGGCCAGGGAAGCUACACAUGUACAUGCCUGCCGGGUUUCACAGGGGUCAAGUGUGAGCUGGAGAUGCAGGAGUGUGACAGCAACCCCUGCAGGAACGGAGGGUUAUGCACAAAUUUGGAAAGUGGCUACAUGUGCAGAUGUCCCCAAGGUUUCGAGGGCUCCCACUGUGAACACAGCCUGCUGACCUGCGCCGAUUCCCCCUGCUUCCACAGUGGUAAAUGCUGGGAGAAGGACAAUGGCCGCAGCUACAUGUGCGAGUGUCCCCGGGGCUACACUGGACUCAACUGUGAGAAGAGAGUGGACAAGUGCACGUCGCUUCCCUGUGCUAAUGGUGGUUUGUGUCUGAUCCACGGUGGCAUGCGUGCGUGUAGCUGCCGCGCGGGAUUUACCGGCCAGCGUUGUGAAAUCAACAUCAAUGAGUGCGCCGGGAACCCCUGCCUCAACGGCGGCACCUGCCGAGACCGAAUCAACGACUACACCUGCGCCUGUCCUUCAGGUUACAGCGGGCGAAACUGCGACAGAGUCCUGGAUGAGUGUUCCCUUCACCCUUGCCUCAACGGGGGUAUAUGCACUGGGGGCGAUGGGCCGGGCAAACCUCCUGCUACCUGCAUCUGCCCCUCUGGCUUCACUGGGCUUCGCUGCGAGUUCUUCGCCGCCGUCACUUCUCCCGUGACCGAUGAAGGGAUUCAAGAUGGCUUCCAGUGGGCGGCGGUCUCUCUGGCCGUGGGGCUGGUGGCACUGCUUGUGCUGUUGUGUAUGGUGGGCCUGGCUUUGAGGCACAUCCACAGGCAGGCCCAAAGGGAGAGAGGAGACACAGAGACUAUGAACAACCUGUCGAAUUUUCAGCGGGAUAACCUGAUCCCAGCGUCGCAGCUGAAAAACACCAACCAGAAAAAAAUCGGCCUGGAGGUGGACUGUGAUUCAGAGAAAUCGAACUUUAUCCAUAAAAACUAUCACUUGGACUCUUACAACUCUAAAUCAAAGGAGUUCAAGGAUGAAAAAUCACAAGAGGAUAAAAGUCUUAUUUAUGACAAGUGUUUAGAAGAUAAAAUGCCCUUGAGUAGAAUGUACAGUGAAAAGCCAGAGUGUAGGAUAUCAACAAUAUGUUCCUCGAGAGACUCCAUGUACCAGUCGGUAUUUGUUAUAGCAGAGGAAAGGAGGGAAUGCGUCAUAGCAACUGAGGUAUAAACUGUGAGGGGUCUGAAAGCAAAGGGGACGAGGAAGAAGACACAAUCGAGGCAGAAUAUAACAUUCUGGAUUGUUUACAAAUGCUGAGAAGAGACUGGAGAUUGUUUUAGAUGUCCACUGCUGCUCUGGAACACUUGAGAACUGGAGAGGGAAGAAACCUCUGCUCUGCAACAAAAGAACAGAACUGAGAAACUUUAUGUUGACCGAGUGUUUGUAUGCAAAACAUGUACAGUGAAGGACCUCUCUUAGUUGUGACAAUGGUUAAAUGGACUGGCGAAAAGACUGACAACACGAGGUGUGAAGACUGACAGAGCAUCGGUAAAAUAUUAAUUUAAAAUUGCAGCCAUCCUGGACAGUAAAAGGAGGCGCAGGUGGAUCAUUGCCCCUCGUAUCUGACCCGGCCUUGUGUGAUAAUCAUGAUGACUUUGACAGCCAACCAAUCAGUUAAAAAGGUGCCUAAGAUGUGACCCCUCCAAAUCCCUACACCCCCCCUGUCCCACACUCACUCCUGCCAGCUUCGCCUGCUAUGCAAGACUCAGGGUCGAGACGAGUGAACUCACCCACCGUCACAAUCCAACCUCACAAACACUGAGAGUUCUGAAUGUCUGAAACUAAUCUUCAACUGUCAAUCACGUGAAAAUGACUGGUUGGACUUUUCCACACAAUGGUGAAGAUUGUAUGCAGCCCAAAUUCACUAGAAGCCUUAAAAGAGGGGGUUUGAAUGCUAAAUUUGUGCCCUUGUCUGUUCUUGGAUCAUUUGCACUACAAAAAAGAAGAAAAAAAACUGGGGGGGAAUACUUUUUAAUCAACAGCGAUUUGAAGAGAAAACCACAGGAGUGCAAAAGUCAGUGCUGUGCCAGCAAGAUCCAAGAGAAAGGAAAAGUGCAUAGAAAAAUGUUUCUAUGCAACCCAACUGAGGAAAACAAAGAGAAAAGACUGUCACGCCACUGCCUGCCUAUAAUAAAUUUCAGAAAUACAGAACCAAUAAUGUAAUUUUUUUAAAUGAUUAUUUCCAGAGUUUAAUUUAAAUAUGACACACUGCUCUUUAUAUGUUUUAUAAUAUUAUUUUGUAUAUAAUGCAUAUUUAUAAGGACCAAACUUCUGAAGAAUAAAACUUCCUUGGAAACUGUUUUUAAUUUGAUGUCAGUAAAUGGAAAAGGAAAUUAUUUUUGAGGUGUUUUUAAAUAAUGAAAAUGAGUACAAAUGA